AUGCCGCCAGACAGUCGCAGGCUGCUUCAGAAAGAUGGGGCGACGAGCCUCCGCUUCCUCGACCUUAGCGGGGUUUCGAUGAGUAUGCGGACCUUGCGACUUUUUUGCGAAGCUGUCGAGGCACACCCAUCGCUUAGCACCCUCAAGCUCAGCAACACCGGGCUGGGCGGCGCCAUCGACAUCAAGCCCUGCCUUGCGCAAGUACUUCGCAACCGCAGCCUCCAGGUGCUCGACUUGGGCUGGAAUUGUUUCCCAGCAGAGGAGCUGAAUUUUCUUGGGGAGCUCAUUGCAAAGAACAGAACCGUGAGGCAUUUGGGUUUGGCCAAUUGUGCAUCAAGCAGCCAGAAGAACCACAGCAUCUCCCCUUGCGUGUACUUCUUGGAACAGCUCGUCCAUGGGACGUUGCUGAGCAGCCUGGACAUUUCCAUGAACCGCCUGGAUUUUCGCGGGGCGCUGAUCAUCGAGGAUGCCUUGGAGCAAAGCAGGAAACUCACCAAGCUGACCAUGUCGCACAACCCCUUGGGCGUCAUGGGUCUGCGGUGCCUUCUGCGGCUGCUUGCAAGACCCCAUUCUGGCCUCGUCGCCUUCGACAUCGAGAACUGCUUCAAAGGGGAAAUCCUUGCUUCUGUGGAAGGAAUCCAGGUGUUUACAUACACGAAUCCCGGCGGCCACUACAGCUUGGACUUGGAGAGGCCAUAUCACAGGUCUCUUCUUCGCACACUGUACAAGGUUGGGGAGCGGUUCCAGCUGAAGCCGGCAGACACUUUUUCCAAUGUGCUCUUCAACCCUGGUGCGUUUGCACUACCCUCGCAGCGUGACGCAAGUGGAGUGUGGCCGGUACCAACAUCAGGGCAUCUAGAGGUCAGCUUCAGCAUCGAGAAGGCAAUGCAGCAAGCCGUGCGCGGUGUCGCCGAGGACAACUUUGGCGAGGUUCUUGUCCGGUACAAUGAGGUCAUGCGCUUUACGCCGCAUUUCCGCAAGCUCAUCCCACUUCUUGCCCAGUGGAGGCUGCUGGAUGGGCAUGAGCAGGAGCAGCUGGCGAUGCUGGCAGCGCUGAGCCGAGACUUCAUCUUCACGGCCACUCACCUGCGUCAGCUCUGUGCCAGCCGAUCCAUGGUGGGUACGACGGUGGCCCGUCUGCUUCCAACCCUGGUUGGAGGGAAGUUUUCGCGCAGCAUGGUCUUGCGCUGCGUCGACAAUCUGAGCGAGUUCGUGAAGAUGCUGACCUUGUGCAAGGAGUAUCUGCUGUUCAACCCGGACAGUCCGACAGGGCAUUACAAGCUGGACUUGGGCAACCCGGCUGCUGCCUACGUGGCCCAGGCGCUCGCCUUGCUCGACCGAUGGGAAUCAGGCAUCGCCAAAAGAAAAGAAGUGCCAGACAUCUCCGAAGAUGGAGAUUAUUCGUGCGUCAGGAACUGCAGGUAUGCCCAUCAGUCACUGAGAUCGUGGGGUCUGCAAAGCUUUGAUGAAUGGGUUCUCCCGGAGAAAGAGAUUCUUGAGCUGGACUAUGUCACGCACCUCCGGCCCGAUUGUCAUGGAGAGGUGAUGCCCGGCGCAACCUUCACCCGGUUCCUGACCAUCCUUCAGCAAGCCGAGUGCGAUGGGCCUACGCAGAUCAAGGUUACACGGAACCUUGCUCACUACAUAAACCUGACAAGUGUCCAGAUGAGACAGCUGCUGGGUGCGUACCGCACCUCUGAGCUGCGGGAGGAAGCAUUGGUGACGACAUUCUUUCGGAUCGUUGACAUUCACAACGAGAAGGUUUUCCGAGUCCGGUAUGAAGAGCAGUCCGAGCUGGACAGCUUACGGCAGCGGCUUGGCUAUUGCACCUUCUUCACGUACAUUCAGCCAGAGCAGGUGACCUACGAUUUCGACUUCGCAAAGUACGACCAGCGCCUGGCGGCCAAUCUGUUCUUUGGUUUGGCAAACGCAGAGAAGCGGGACAACAUCUCAAACUUUCGCUACACGCUUCCCGACGGCACGGUCGACAAGCUGGAGCAAGGCGUCCCCCGCAGUUGGGAUCAGUUCGCUCGGAUGCCGAAGGAGGGAGUCUUUCACUUCACUUACAAGUGCUCUCCACAGGACCGACGGUUUGCUCUCAGAAAAUCAUUACUUUUUCAGUAUGGCAAGUGGAAGGUGGAUGUUGCGGAAGGCGAGGUCAACUGGUGGGCCGCUGCUGCAGAGGCACCCGAAGAUGUGCUGGAGUUCCUGUUCUGGAUGCGUGCAAAGUUUCAAGACACGCAGAAGGCGUUUGAGGCGUUUGACGGCUCUGAUGGGAACGGCUUGCUGGGCUUGCGCGAAUUUGAGGAGGGCAUGAAACAGCUGAAGUGCCAAAAGUUCCGUGGCCGGGAUGAGAAGCAGCGCUGGACGGCGAUCUUCCGGUUUCUGGAUCCCAGCGGCGAGGGCCAGGUAUCGAAGGAUGAGUUUCUGACCUUGGACAACUUCUGGGCUGAGGUGGAGUUCUCCAUCAAGGAGUUCUUGGAUUGGUCCAAUCGAAAGUAUGGCAAGGACUUGCGGACUCUCUGGAACGCGCUGGAUGAGGAUGAGAGCGGUGGUAUCCAACGCUAUGAGUGGGAGUCUGUUCUUGACAAGGUCGGAUACUUCGGUCCCUCCGGGCCCAUAUUCAGCUACGUGGACGAGGACGACGGAGGGACCAUCUCCUGGAACGAGUUUCAGUUGCUGCGCCGGUUUCAAGAGUCCAUCUGA